CAGAAACAUGUCUGUGGAAACUUCAGCCACACUUUCUCUUCUCCUGCUUCUUAUCUCAUUGACAGUGGCCCAGGACUGCUCCCAGCCCUGCGCCUGCCCUGCAGACCCCCCCCUCUGCCCAGUGGGGACCAGCCUGGUCCUGGAUGGCUGUGGCUGCUGUAAGGUGUGCGCCAGGCAGCUGGGGGAGCCCUGCUCCCUGCUGGAGCCCUGCGACCAUCACAAGGAGCUCUACUGUGACUACGCUCUGCUGAGUGACACUGAGACUGGCAUCUGCAUGGCUCAGGAGGGUCAGACCUGCGACCUGGGGGGAGUGAUCUACCGCAGUGGGGAGUCCUUCCAGCCGAGCUGUAAGCACCACUGUGUGUGUAUGAAUGGAGAGAUUGGCUGUGUGCCAAUGUGUGCCAGCGACGUCCGGCUGCCCUCCCCUGACUGCCCGUACCCUCGCCGUAUCCAGAUCCCAGGGAAAUGCUGUGAGGAGUGGGUGUGUGAGCAGACGCCUCGGGACCACCUCUAUCAGUCAUUGGUUGCCAGUCAGUUCUCAGUCUUCAGACAAGUGUCCCCCCAUGGCCCGGUCGAAGAGAGUCCCAGAGAUAACUGUGUAGUCCAGACGACAGAGUGGAGCGAGUGCUCGGCCACCUGUGGCAUGGCCGUCUCAUCCCGUAUCACCAAUGAUAACCAGCGCUGCCAGCUGGAGAGGCAGACCAGGAUCUGCAUGGUCCGACCCUGCGACAGCCAACAGGAAAUAGAAAUCAAGAGAGGGAAGAAAUGCAACCGGACACCAAAGGCCACGAGAGGGAUGCGCUUCGAGUUGUCAGGCUGUUUGAGCACCAGGCUGUACAAACCAAAGUUCUGCGGCAUCUGUACAGACAACCGCUGCUGCACGCCUCAUGCCACAAUCACAACCGAGGUGGAGUUCCAUUGUCCUGAGGGAGACGUCUUCACAAAGAAGAUGAUGUUCAUCAAGACCUGCUCCUGCCAUCAUGACUGUCCUCAAGAUAACGACAUCUUCCUGGCGUCCAACACUCGAAGGAUGGUCGGGGACUAUGAUAGCAAUAUGUGACGGGAGGGUCGUGCGCACACAAUCAACCCCACCCUCUACCUUUACAACUACAUACCUAACCUUCCGUGUAAUCUAGCUUUAAAGUAAAGGGUCACUAAUUCAUUUCUUCUUCUCAGAGACAACAUUUUCUUGCUGAACUGCUGGUUUGUUGUGAGGAAGUUGAAAAGAUGAUCAGGCCAAUAAUGAUCCAUUGAUAGGCGAUUCAACUUGAAGACAGACCUUUAAAAUGAACCCCAAUGUAGCUUGUUUGUUUAGUUAGUAGAUGCAGCUCUUUUGUCCCCACACCUCCUGACCAGUCUUCCAGUAAUGUGCAAUGGGGUGGACAGACACAUUGACAAAGAAAUGUAUGGAAACAUAUCAGAGCUUACUGUUUGUUUUUUUCUCUGCAUCAAAAGACAAACUCACCAGAGGGCGGCUGCUACUGAUGCCCCUUG